AUGCCCGCGAUUCGACACUCUUCAAAACGAAAGCCGCCACCAGAGGGCUUUAGCGACAUCGAGGAUGACCUGCUCAUCUUCGCCAACAAAUUGAAGGAUGCCCAGAAUAAACCUCCUCCUCCAGGACCAAAACAUCAAGCACAGUGGGAGAUUUUCCAGAUAUCCCAUCAGCGGAGUCGAUAUGUGUAUGAUUUGUACUACGAGAAGGAAGCCAUCAGCAAACAGUUGUACGACUGGCUGUUGAAGAAUGGAUACGCGGAUGCUAUGUUGAUCGCAAAAUGGAAGAAGCAGGGUUACGAGAAGCACGUGCAUCUGUAG